CCGACCACCUCGGCUUCGAUACGCCCGUGCGAGGGCACAAGGCUACGGCUGCCUCGCCUUCAUGAGGAUCCGGAUCUCCACCGAUCCACCGUCACUCAUAAUCUCACUCUCCAUCUGUCUCUCAAUCGACCUCUCCUCCAACCGCAUCCACGUCUUCAGCCACAAGCCACUACAUAUUGCGCCUCGGAGGCCUGAGCCCUCCGCCACCCCGCAUACCCUCCGCCGCACACCCAUGCCGCAGUUCACCUUCUUCAGCUCGCCGGCGCCGCCAUCACCGCCGCCGAGCGCCAAGUCGCGCAGAUUCAGCCUGCAGCUCCACAACCCCCUGCCGCCAUACUAUGCGCGCCGCAAACGCCCUAUGUCCGAGUACAAGCCCGAGCCCGACUCACAUAUGAAGAGCCACCAGCUCAAGGCACAGGGCGAGAUGCUCAAGACCAAACAGGCCAAGCUCGCCGCCCAGGUACCCCCCGUGUCGCCGCCCCUCUGGCACCGCCCUUUGCCACGCGUGCCGCGCGCCCUCCCCAUCCCUCCCGCAGAGGACCGGUGCCGCUGCUCAAUCUGCAAGCGUGCCGAGGGUGAGUACACCGCAACGCCCGAACUGCGCUCACACACAGCAUCCCAGGGCACACAAAACGAGAGCGACCGCCUGUCACGUCUCUCCUUGACGUCGGACGAGUCACAUAUCUCGCGCUAGAUUGCGCUCGUCAGUGCUAUGCAUCCGCAGCCGGAUCGGUCGAAACGAAGGACAGUUGUAACUUGUAAUGGACACCCCAAGAAAUUAGUAACCCGUAUCCUGUGAC